AUAAAAAUUAUUUUUAAUUUAAAAUAAUUUGAUUUAUUUAUUUCGAGAAAUGUUUUGUUUGUUGUCAUAGAAACGUAGCCAAUCAGCUGUCAAUCUGGUUCCCGAUUUUGUAGUCCUUUAUUUAUAGCAAUAAACCAUUCAACCGAGAGCCAGUCGUCUAAAAUAACAGUAUAAAACCGAAAAUCACGUGCAGUCUGUCUCACUUACGCUGUUUCUUUUGACAAGUCACACCGAUAAAUUCUUUAGUUCUGAGUAAUAAGAUUAGUAAUUUAACUGCUAGUAAGAUGCCACGUGGAAGAGUGCGGCAACGAGGAGGCAGGGCACGAGGUAGAGCGCAUGGCAGGGGUAUGCCAAGACCCCAAGACAACGACGCCAACCCGGUACCAGUGGCAAAUCAGCCGGAGAACCGCCCGAAUACACGCGGACAGAAGAGGAGGGCCGAUGACCUUGGUCAGGAGGAUAGAAGCCCACAACGUGGUCCGGCAGCACAGGCGUUAGGAGACGAAGAGUUUGAUGAAGGGGACAACCAGCUCCUGCAAGGAGAAAAAGAUGUAUGGGUUUUAGGGGAUUCAAUCCCUUACUGGGCCGGCAUCCGAGCGACGGACACAGGAAAGGUCAACCUUCGCUUGCCUGACUUAACAAUUGCUUGGUGGGGAGUGAGGGGACUCGGCUGGACCUCUUUCCGCAACUCCAUAGAGACCCAGGUGCUGCUAUCGCCUCCACCCAAGAUUAUCAUCAUACAUUUAGGUGGUAACGAUCUUGCCUCAUUAUCUUUAAUCAAAAUGAGAAGAAGUAUAAAAGGGGAAAUCGAAUACCUCCGUGAGGCUUUUCCCGACACCGUUCUGAUAUGGGUUGACAUUUUACCCAGGCGUGUUUGGAGGGGGGUCACGAACGUAAAGUCGCUGGAGACAAAGCGCAAGCGUAUCAAUAGGUUGGGCCGUAUAGCAACAUGCCGUUCUGGCAGGGGAGAUUUCAUAAGCCCUGACAUAGAUACGGAAACUAACUUUUUUAGGGAUGACGGUGUACACUUAAAUGAUGUGGGGUUGGAGUUUUAUCUAGAUUAUUUGAAGACUGCAAUACAGGAAAACUCUGCUCAAUAAUAAUUUUUUGGGGGAUAAAUUAAAAUUUAUUGUGGCGGAAAAAAUUGUUUAUUGACCGGAAGGUGACCGGGCGCUGUGGUUUAAGCUAAGAAAAUUGAACCAUAUACUUCAUAAUUUUACCUUCGAAACUUCCGGUUACGGGUGUAUCAACUCUCGUCGAUGGCAUUAUUUGCGCUACAGAUGAGACUUGUGCGUCUGUGACUUAAUUGAGUUGACAGUUUCGGGUCCGUAGACUGUUUAAUUACUUUUGUUUUGGGUUAUCUCAGGUCACAAGCUUAGUAACGUGGUAAAAUAAUUGUUAUGGCUCGAAUGUUG